AGAAAAUCUUCGGAACAGUGGCUCUUCAGUUCACUUCCCGGAUCCGUAGGUGUCUCUUGUAAACUAGUAUUAGACGAUUGAAAUUGUUAAAAAAAUUAUCUUUCCAUUUUUAUCACAAGGAUACAAUGAAGAAAUUCGUUUGUGUCAACGAUUAUGAGGAGCAAGCUUUGAAGGUUUUGACUCCUCUUGCAAGAGAUUAUUAUAAAGAUGGGGCUGGAGAAGAAAUUUCCUUGAAAUUGAACAAAGAAGCUUUUAACAAAAUCAGAAUUCUACCAAGAAUGUUAAGAGAUGUUACGAAAGUGGAUCUAAGCACCACAGUUUUGGGUGAAAAAGUUUCGAUGCCCUUAGGAAUUGCGCCAACGGCUUUGCAAAGAAUGGCCCAUCCAGAUGGAGAAUGUGCCAAUGCGAAAGCUGCGGAAGCUGCUGGGACCAUUUUUACUCUAUCAACUAUUUCCACAAGCAGUAUAGAAGAAGUUGCUGCAGCUGCACCAAAGGCAACUAAAUGGCUGCAACUUUAUGUAUUUUUCGAUAGAAACUUGACACUGGAAUUGGUACAUCGUGCAGAAAAAGCUGGUUUCAAAGCAUUAGUUUUGACAGUCGAUGCACCGAGUUUUGGGGAUAGGAGAAAUGAAAUGCGAAAUAAUUUCAAUAUUCCUCUACAUUUAAAAUAUGCGAACAUUGAGGAAUACUCGAUCCGAAAUAAUGUUUACAAUAGACCAAUACACAAACUUUUUGACAAAUCGCUUUCAUGGGAGGAUGUUUCAUGGCUAAAAAGUCAAACUCGCCUUCCAAUUGUUAUAAAAGGAAUCUUAACUGUAGAAGAUGCUCUUUUAUCAAUAAAAUACGGGGCGAGUGCAAUUCAGGUUUCUAAUCAUGGAGCUCGACAGGUUGAUGGAGUGCCUGCAUCGAUUGAAGUUUUGCCAGAAAUAGUUCAAGCGGUCGAAGAUAAGUUGGAAACUUAUAUUGAUGGAGGAAUUACUCAAGGAACUGACGUUUUUAAAGCUUUAGCUCUGGGUGCAAAAAUGGCAUUUGUUGGAAGACCUAUGCUAUGGGCUUUGGCUUGUGAUGGAGAAAACGGAUCCAAAGAUGUUUUAGAAAUACUGAGAAGGGAGAUCUUACUAACAUUUUCUUUGUCAGGGAGUAACUUUGCAGCCAGUGGUAUAAAUGUGCAAGUGCGAAGAUGGUACAUUCCCAACCGUCCGCGUGGAAAUUUAUAGACAUGCACAGAUCGGCCGAUCAGGAAAUGGACGCGCACAUAUGGAAUACUCCCAACUGUGCACGCCUACAGAUGGUAUCAGAUUUGUAACUUAAAAGGCCUGUGACCUUUGCAACUGGCCAUAUUGACAUUUAGACGUGUAUAAAUAAUCCGGCCGGGACAUGUACUUGCUCAAAUGGGACACUCCCAACUGUGUAGCUGAUAAUACGGAUCAUUCCAGGAUAAAUUGUUUGAUGGGUGUUGCGAUCUAUUUGAAACAAAUUUCAAGGUUGAUGCAUACAAUCUCUGGCUGUUCUCAGCAUUAAAUUUCUCUAUUUCUAUGCGCAAAUAUCUUAUUUAUUCUUUUUACAAUAAUCGUUUUAGAAUAUUGAUAAGAUGUAAGAAAGUGGCAUGUGAAACAAAUUGAAAAAAUUUUGCUAAAUA